UCUGAUUUCACAGUGCCUUUUGUAAGCUACUGAUGUGUUAUUGUCAUUGAUACUCGGUAUGUAAAGCAGUGGUCAUUUAUUGUCAUUGAUACUCGGUAUGUAAAGCAGUGGUCAUUUUAAUCAAUACAUCAAUGACCACUUGACCACAGGAGUUGUACUUCACACCAAUGAGUGGUCAUUCCAUGUAACGGAGUGUCCAGGGAAUACCUAACAUCUGCUAUGGACCGGAAGUAUUAUUAUGGGAGUCUGAAGCCAUUAUUGUCCAAAGGAAAUGGUGCAGAUCUAUCUUAUCACAAAACUACUACAGGAAGUGCCAUUCUAGGAUCAGUGCUUAAACAAUCUCAAUUGUCCUCUGGAUUUUACCAUUGGUUGACAUUUUCUAGUUUGCAUUUUCUAUCUCAGGGGCACUAAGCCAGAGCAUAUGAAGUUUUCAGCGUUUGGAAAACUUGGAAGAUUCCAGGACCAACUUAGAAUGGUGAACCACUCGGGACGCCGGAAAAACAACAGUGCACUGACUAUCAUAGCGGAACUCGGAUCAGAAAGCAACGCCCAUGGACUGGCAAAAAUAGCAACAUCAACCAAAACAAAGAGGAAAGUCAUGUGGGCUUUACUUGUGAUUGUCGGGUUUACUGCUGCAACUCUCCAACUAUCAUUACUAGUACGUAAAUACCUAUUGUUCCAUGUUGUGGAGGUAUCUGAAAUGAAGGACGGAAUGCCUGUCGAGUUUCCCUCUGUGACCAUAUGUAACACACAUGCCAUGUCACUGACAAAAGUGAAAGAACGCUUCAUGGAGGUUCCUGAUUAUAGUCAGUGGUUUGGUUUCAUUGACAGAGUGUCGUUUGGUGAACAGCAAACACGUGUCGAAUCCACACAAGGGUUUUAUGAGAACAUGAUGUCUGAAGCAACAAUGGUUGGUCACGACAUUAAUGAAAUCUUAAUUCAUUGUCAAUUCAAUCAGAAAAAUUGUUCCGCAACAAAUUUUACAAAACAUUUCGAUGGAAAAAAUUAUUUCAACUGUUACACAUUCAAUAGUGCUCAAGAACGAGACCCUAACAACAAAAUACUUAUGCAUGCAACUGGACCACAAAAUGGUCUUUCCAUGAUUAUCUCCCUUGAUAAUGAUGACCCACCACUAGGUGCCUUUGGCCUGUACAAUAUCCAUGACAACAUAGCCCACAGUGCUGGUAUACGGGUUCAAGUUCAUGCCCCAAACACGAUGCCAAGCCCUGUUGACCUUGGAUUUGAUGUUCCACCUGGAUUUUCCUCUUCUGUGGGAUUAAAAGCUGUCAUACAUUCGCGUCUUUCAUCGCCACAUGGAAAUUGUACCAAAGAUAUGUUAAAAGGGAUCAAAACGUACAGAAAUACAAUUUUCUCUUGUCUCUUACUGUGUAAACAACAGAUUGUGAUCAAAACGUGCAAAUGUAAAUCAUCGGGUCUCCCUGAUACAGAGGAUGCACAAAAUUUCACAUACUGCGGUACAAUUCAUAAUUGGCAGGAGCGUUUUAACAACCUAAGUAAAUCACCAAAUAUGGAAAAGGUCAAUUACAAUUUGGAGAUGUUGAAGUGUGAAGAAGAAACCUUACAUAAACUGGCAAAUGAUAGAUCAUACGAAAGAGCGUGUAAGUGUUUCCAACCCUGCUCUGAAACGUCCUAUCAAAAAUCACUUUCCCUGUCAUACUGGCCUCUCGAGUUUUAUCAAUUUGAUGCAUUGAAGAAAUUCUAUCAUGGUCGAAUGGAAAAGACAUUCAUGCAUGAAGCAUAUAAAUAUCUGAAAAAGAAUAUAGAGAAAUAUGACAGUCUGAGUCAAAAUAUGACCGAAGAGAAUCGAAAAAAGAUGUUAACAACAAAUUUACCACUUGAAGAACGCCAGGAAAUUAUGAGAGCAACGAGUAUGAUACAUCAGAAUCUGCUACGACUCAAUAUCUACCUAGAGGAUCUCAGUGUAGUGGAGUUCAAACAGAUGCCAGCGUAUGAGCUCGCCGAUUUAUUUGCUGACAUUGGUGGAACUCUUGGAUUGUGGAUGGGAAUAUCUGUACUAACUAUCAUGGAACUUAUGGAACUUGUAGUAAGACUUAUUAUGCUCUUGUUCAAUGCCGAAAACAAGAUGCCUGAUCACAUGGACCCGGUGACAAAUGGCAUGCUAGAACACACCGACAACUAUCCCGACGCUUAUCAAAAGACAGACUUUGAUGGAUUUGACAGAAAUGAGUAUGGCCAGUCAGAAGGAUUUGAAAGAAGUGAUUAUAGAAGUCGAUCAGAAGGUUUUGAGCGGAAUGAUUAUGGGCGGCCAAUGCGCGACAACUCGCAUGAUCUACCUAUAUGAUGGAAAUUGGCAUUAUCACAUGUGGUCAUUUAAUCUCAGCAGGUAAAACCAAUAAAUGCUGAUUGGUCGAUCAACUGAAGCAUGUGGCAGUGCUUCAUCCAAUCACGAUGGAUUGUGCUGAUAGCGGAGUUGGACCUAACACUGGCAAUGUCUGUGAUAAUGCUUGGUAUUCAGCAUGGCCUAAUCACCAUUCACUGGAAUGUAUGUCUGCCUGCUGUCCAACAUAUCUGCUAGUGUAACAAGGUUUAGAGCAGAGUACACAGUGUUUCCUGGCAGUGAACUGACCAAAGGUCACUACUGUCCUCAGAAAUGCCUUAUGAUGUUGUUCUAUCAAACAAAAUCAACGAAAACAAAAAGUCCAACUUAUAACCUGUGGCAAUAACCAUGGAACGACCUCUGGAUAUUGGUAAUAAAUAACUAACGUAGAUGUAAUAUAAUUAUGUCAAUAAUCAACUUUCCGUACAGUUAUUUAACUGAUUAUCAUGAUAUUAUACAAGUAAAAAAAAUAUGGUCACCUUAACAACAAUGUCAUCAAGCUGUUAACUUGGAUUUGAAAAAGGGAUACCAUAGCAACAGUGUCAUACAGUUGCUAACCUAUAUGUAUAAUUGGUUACCCUGGCAACAGUGUCAAACAUUUGUGACCUUGGCAACAGUGUCAAACAUUUGUUACGCAGGAUAUAUGAAUGGUAACCAUAGAAACAAUGUCAUGCAAUUGUUACCCUGGAUAUAUAAGUGGUCACCAUGCCAACAAAGUCAUAAAUAUGUUACCUUGUAUAUAUUUAUCAUAUGGUUACCAUGGUAACAGUGUCACCAACAUAUAACCUUGGAUAUAUCAAACAGUUACCAUGGUACCAAAGUCAUAGAGUUGUUAUCUUGGAUAUAUUUAUAACGUUCACCAUGGCAACAUUGUCACAAAACCAUUAUCACCUUGGAUAUAUAAAGUGGUUGCCAUGGCAGCAGUAUCACAAUUAUGAUACUUUGGAUAUACAUUACUUGUUACCAAUGCAGGUGUCAGCAAGGAUGUAACUGAAAUUGUUUGUGAUUAACGAAAUAUUUGAAAUCAUUAGAAUCUAUGAUUAGGUGUAGGGAUGUAGAUUUGACAGAAAUAACCACCAGAAUUAUCUUCCUCAAUCUCAGUGUGUAUUUACAUAUGUUUUGUGUGAUAUGAAAUGAUUGAUUUUGAAUGUGAAUUUGUUUCAUUUAUAAUAAUGAAGUGAGUUUGAUCCUUUUCUUUAACAAAGCAAAUCCAUUAUUUUUUACCUUAUUCAUCCUUUGAUAGUAAA